AUGGCCUUAAAAUUGAAUUCCGAUGUUUGUGUUUGGAGGACUGCUUCUUUGGGUCAUCUCAAUCUCAACAGGGGGAGGCAAUUAGGGUAUUUUCUUCCGGGCAACGGCGGCGGCGGCGGCGGUGGUUGUGUCAAACAACUUAUAUCCUCCUCCUCCUAUAACCCAUCAAGUUGGUCUCUUCUUUCACACAGAACAGCAAUAAACUCUUCUUCUUUUAAUUCUUGUUGGACUACUUUUGCUUCAGACCUAGAGGAUUCCAUAAAUCCCCGCCGUAAUCAUCCACCCAAGCUCAUGUCACGUCGAGGUACUGCAGAAGGAAGACCUGCAAAAUCUGAUCCAAUUUAUGCCAAUCGAUUAGUUAACAUGUUGGUUAACCGUAUUCUGAAACACGGGAAAAAAUCAUUGGCUUAUCAAAUUCUCUAUCGAGUCCUGAAAAAGAUACAACAAAAGACGGAAACAAAUCCACUCUCUGUUUUACGUCAAGCAAUACGUAACUCCCGGUGUAACAGUAAAAGAUCCACACAAGGAAAAGCACUAGCUAUUCGUUGGUUAUUAGCUGCAUCCCGGAAACGUCAUGGACGAAAUAUGGUUUCCAAAUUAAGUUCCGAAUUAGUGAAUGCUGCCAAAGGGAGUGGCGAUGCCAUACGCAAAAAGGAAGAGACUCAUAAAAUGGCAGAGGCAAAUAGAGCUUUUGCACAUUUUCGUUAA